CCAACCACAGAAUUUAAGUCCAUUAUUGAACUUGCACAUCCAAGUUCUAUAAUGGAAGAAGGUGAUGUUGACAUCACGAUUAGCAGACAGAGUCAUCUCGACAGAAAUAUAAAAAACCCUAGCUGAUCUUUCUAUAUCACUUUCAAACCUUGAAUGACUGUUAGUUGGUGGGUUAUGCUGCUGUAAUUAGCCGUUUUUUGUUGGUACUGAUCAGACUCAGCUGCUCAGGUCUCUCUUCCACUUCCUCCCAUGGCUAGAAAUGGGCUUCACAUCGUAAUGUUCCCAUGGUUAGCUUUUGGCCAUAUGAUACCAUUUCUGGAGCUCUCCAAGGGCUUAGCUAAAAAGGGUCAUCACAUCUCCUUCAUUUCCACACCAAGAAACAUUGAAAGGCUUCCCAAACUUCCUCCCAAUCUAUCCCAUCUCAUUAAUUUUGUGAAGCUCGACUUACCUCCUGUAGCCAACUUGCCGGAGAAAGCUGAGGCCACUUCUGAUGUCCCUUUCGACAAAAUCCAGUACCUUAAGAAGGCCUUCGAUGGUCUAGAGGGAUCUUUCGCUUGCUUCCUUGAGAGCUCAGCUCCAGAUUUGAUUAUCCAUGACUUCUCCCAUCACUGGUUUCAACCCCUUGCGACUAAAUAUGGUGUUCCAUGUGCCUUCUUCUGUAUAUUCAUUGCUUCAACGCUUGCCUUCUUUGGCAGCCCAUGGUUGCGUAUGGCCGGCGAAGAUACCCGAACAGAUCCGGAACACUUCACUGUUCCUCCCCAGUGGAUUCCUUCCCCUUCCAAUCUUGCAUUUCGCCUCUAUGAAAUCCUUAAAGUGUCUGAAUCUUUCAGUGAAAACGCUUCUGGUGUGUCUGACAUGGAUCGAUUCGACUCGGCAAUCCUUGGAUCUACCUUUGUAGUUGUGAGGAGCUGUGAAGAAUUCGAGGGUGAUUCUCUACGUAUCCUGCGGGAGAAGCUCUAUCGGAUACCAGUCAUUCCUAUAGGUCUACUUCCUCCAUCAUCAGAGGAAGAAGAUACAUCGGAAAACAAAGAUGAUGGUGAAUGGGAUAAUAUAAAAAAGUGGCUAGACAAGCAAAGAGAAGGAUCUGUGGUUUACAUAGCAUUUGGGAGUGAAGCAGAAGUGAGUAAAGAAGAAAUGCAUGAGGUAGCUCUUGGGUUAGAGCUAUCUGGGUUGCCCUUCUUUUGGGCACUAAGAAACCCAGCAGGGUUGCUACCAUCAGGUUUUGAGAGUAGAACUCAAGGUCAGGGUUUUAUCUGUUUAGGAUGGGCUCCUCAGAGAAAGAUAUUGGGACACCCUUCAGUGGGGGCUUUCUUGACUCACUGUGGGUGGAGUUCGGUAAUUGAAGCUCUUGGAAUAGGUUGUCCUCUUGUGUUACUACCUCUAUCAAUCGAUCAACCUUUGGUUGCAAGGUUAUUGCUGAGCAAGAAUAUUGGGGUAGAGAUUCCGAGAGAUGAACAAGAUGGGUCGUUUACAAGAGAUUCGGUGGCCGAGUCACUGAGGCUAGUAGUAGUGGACGCAGAGGGGGAACUGCACAAGGCCAAAGCUAAGGAGAUGAGAGAGGUGUUUGGAGACAAGGCUCGGCAUGACCGAUACAUUGAUGAUUUCGAUCAAUACCUCAGAACUAAUCAUGGAUGCUGAAUGGGACUCCUUAAUUGGGGACAGUGUUCUGUUUGUUAUGUCUAUUGCUCAUCAUAUGAUGGAGAAUGUUAUAUUAAGGUGGUUGCAGAAAUCUCUCUCUCUCUCAAAAAUUGCUAAUAUUAAGACAUUUCCAUUCUAGGUAUUGCUACUUAUAGGAUAUGAAUUUUCCGUGGUCUAAGGUUUUCUUGGACUUCUAAGGGCCUUCUUUCAAAGGGGUUCAGUUAUCGGUACUGAAAAGUUGUCGGUAUAGCAUUACACAAUUUGCCAUUUGACAGUACUUGUAUAAGUCCAUGUGAUAGGGGAUUUCACAUAUACUCAAUGGCCAAAUUUUAAUCCGAAGUAAGCAAACAUAAUUUGCUCAAGUUCUCAUUCAAA